GGCUGAUUGCUCCUCGUUUCUCCUACCUUUUGGUGUGGCCAUUUUAUAAGCUUCUCUUCCUCGUGCCCCUCGGCCGACAAAAAUGCACUUCUUUUACUCUGUUAUCUCAAGUUCGUCGUGUUGAACUGUUGGUUCUUGCUCCUUUGGGGCUCAGGACAGGUGGCAAAGAUGUUUGAUUCUUGAGAAACCAGCUCCGGAAGAUCUGCACAAGAAAGAUUACUGAGCCUAACACGUGAGGAACACUUAAUGGAGUUCCUACAAUCCAUGCAUUCCAGCACCUUACCAAGGAAUGGAUCAGUAGCUCAAAAGAUGGAUGCUAUUUUGUCAAGUGCAUCUAGUUUCUAUAUUUGACCAGUUGCUCAAAAAGUACCAUUUCCAUGGAAGCUCCUAAGAUCCGUUUCGUCAGAUGCCCAGGAUGCCUCCAGCUUCUUGUAGAGUAUCCAUCCAUUGCUGUCUACCACUGUGGUGGUUGCGGUACUGUUCUUAGAGCAAAAAAUCGAGUUGCAUCAACAGUGAAUGCUAAUACAGAAUCUGGUGAACACAAUGGAUUUUCAAAUAAUUCAACAGGAGACAUUCAGAGUGAAAAAUUGAUUUGUACAAAUGAGCAGGAAAUUUUACCAUCCUCCAAUUCACAACCUGGUGCGCUGCAGAAGAAGAUUGCCUUCUCAAGAGAGGAAAGAAUUACGUCCGCUAGCAAUAUUAUCGACUCAAGUGAGCAUAUUAACAUCGAGUCUUCCUUAGUUGAUUGGGAUUCUGGCAAUUCUGAUAUUAGAAUUGAAGACAUAAAUGAUGAAGAUAAAGGCUGUUUAUUUGAUUCAAGUCUUGACUCAAUGAAGAAAGUAGAGAAUGUCGAAAAUGAUGGAAAUAUCAAUAGUGAAAAAGGUUCCAUUACGGAUGAUGGGAGCAUCAACAAGGAAAUUGCUACCACCCGAAGCAUGGUGUACUUGGACGGAGCUGGUUCUAACAGCACUUUUACAAGAGAACUAGAGAGCUUAGCUGAGGAUAACUGCACUAUUAACAAUAAUGUGACCUCCCAAGAGGUAGUUGCAAGUAACCGACCUGAUGAAGAAACUGACUCUGAAGACAUAUUCCAUCCGUAUGAAGGUUUUCAUAUUGAAUCACAUGAAGAUCUAAUUGAAGAAUUGGUGAGGUCUCUUUCAAUCAGCGAUGACGAAGAUGAAUUUGUAGCUAUAGCAGAAAAUAGUGAACUUUAUGAUGAUCUAUGUUCGCAAAUGGGUAGCUGCAGAUUUUCAUGGGGGAACAAAAUGAAUGACGCCCCUCGAUCAGAUCCUCAUGGCCGGUUGAUUGAAGAAUUAGAGAUGUCUUUUGGUGACGCUGAAGAACCACUAGACCAAGACAUUAUGGUCUCACACGGAGAUAUUUUUGAAAUGGUUACUUUGGGUGGGGAUGGUAAACAAAAUCACAUUUUGGAUGAGGAUGGUAAACAAAAGCACAUUUUGGAUGCAAGUGAAGCUAAUUCAUAUGAAGAAAGAGUAUUGACAUGGGAUGAUGAGCAUCUCAAAUCUGGACAAAGUUUCAAACAAAGUGAGCUGGCAUCUGUUGAUACAGAAGAAAUGGAAGAGGGGCAUCCAGAAGAAACCAACAUGGUCAACCAUGCUGAAGCUAAUAGUGGAACUUUUGCUACUAUUUCAAGUUUGUCAAAUAAUCAAUUUUGUGCCAUGCUACCGCCUAACUGCAAUAAGAGAAAAGAAGAAAAAUCUAACACAUAUAGAGGUAGAGUACUCUGUCAAAAAUUAUCACUUGAUUAUGAGGAUCUUUGGUCAAUCCAAAAUUUUAUCGAGUCUCAAAUGGAUGGGACCUCAAGUUCUCUUUCAAGGGGCUCACCGAGUCAUGGGAUCCUGGAACAUAAUCUAUCAGACAAAUUCAACAGAAUUGAUCAACUUGAGCGUCUGAAAAAGAUGGAUGACCUAAGAGAUCAGUUAAAUUGGCUUUCUAGCCAGAAAGGGUUGGGAAACAUGUACAAUGAUGAACAUUCUUGUGGUUAUGAUGCUGAUUCUAUCCCCGGUUCUGAUCAUAUUGAUUCCUAUUAUGAUCACGAAAAUCCACCAAGGUACCUAUCACCAGAUCCUUAUUUACCAUCUCAUUCGCACUGCGAUAUUGGACAUAGGCAACCACCUAUCCCCUAUAGUUGUAGUGCACAUGAGUUCAAUUCAUAUUAUCAAUCCUCAUAUGCGGGAAGCACAGUUCUUGAGCAGGAGUCACUUAGUUCGAGCUAUGAAGAGCAGAAAUGUGCAGUGAUGAAACACAUUUUGCGUUCUCUGUCUGGUGCUUCCCCAUUUACAAUCUGCAAUGGCUGUUUCAGUUUGGUUCAAGUGCCAUCAGAUAUCUAUGUAUUGAAAAGGAAGUCUGGUAAGUUCCAGUGCGGUCGGUGCUCCAAGGCCCUUGUGCUAUCAUUUCCUGAUACACAUAGUGAAGAUACAAUGCUCAGUAAGGAAGAAGAUCAAAAACCAAACAAGCCUGUCCACAACAGGGUUGUUGGGAUGGAGAAUGCAGAUUCGAUUUCUGCUGAAUGCUCAAGAGGAGACCCUGUGAGCAUAAGCGAAGAAUGUGGAGCUUCAUUCUCAAGAAACUUCUCUGGGAGAACUAGACCAGCUGUUGAUGACUCAAGAAGUAGAAAAAAGGUAUCAGAUUCGGCACUUCACCGGCUCAUGGGAUAUGAUUCAGUAAGCAAGUUGUUAACGAUACAACAGAGUGUUUGAUGAUGGACACGACAGUUUUUGAAUUCAUGGUGCUAGUUUCCAACAGAGUAUCCAGAAGAAAAAAAAAAUCCGUGGCCUUUUGAUCACUACCAGGCAUAACAGGAAGGACCUUCUUCUUGCUUAAUGAAAAUCUGGCCGCCCUGGCUUGGGGUCGGCCCAGCUAUAACAGGAAGGACCACCAGUUUUGGAGUUUGGAGAAUACAAAGUUAUGACUAUGAACAAAGAAUGGACAUAUUUGCAUGAAUAUUAUUAUGUUUGUCUUUCAGAAGACUUUGGACCAUUAAUUCUGAAGCUCGUUAGCCAUUCUUUAGUUAAGGUAUCGUAAUCUUUUAUUCUCGUCAUAAAGCUGUGUACAUUUGGUAGGACAAGAUUGUAACCGUUAUUCGUGCUAGAUGUUUGUUUACUCCA